AUGGACAAAAUCGACGGUUCUUUUGUAUGCGUCACAAGGACUUUUCCAUCGGGCGUUACGUACUGCGUUGAGAGGGCCGAGGAGGGACGGGAUUCGAUACUGUGCACGGCAGCUCUUCUUGGACACACGAACUGCGUCAGGAUCCUCGUUGAAUACAGAGAAGCAGACGUCGAAGAACAGGGCUCAGUUUCAGCUGAAGGACAUCUCAUGUCUGGAGUUAGUCCUUUAUGGUGCGCUGCUUCCAAUGGCCAUUACUGGGUGGUUGACUAUCUCCUUUCAGGUUUAUUGGUAGUUGCAGUACACAGUUCUGAACGCUAUGGAAGUAGAAUCAGAACACUUAGCGCUCUACUAGCCUGUUUAAGUAGCACGGAAAAAGCCGCUUUUCGGAAAGUAGAGAAGAAUCUCUACAAGUGUAACGCUGCUGAAGUAGCUAUAACUAUUAAUAAAGUACGCUUGAGAGAGGACGUUCCAUCGGGCGUUAAGUACUGCGUUGAGAGAGUCAAGGAGGGACGGGAUUCGAUACUGUGCACGGCAGCUCUUCUUGGACACACGAACUGCGUCAGGAUCCUCGUUGAAUACAGAGGCGCAGACGUCGAAGAACUGGGCUCAGUUUCUACUGGAGGGCCUCUUCUGUCUGGAGUUAGUCCUUUAUGGUGCGCUGCUUUCGAAGAGCAUUACUGGGUUGUUGCCUAUCUUCUUUCUAAAGGCGCCAAUCCAAAUGGCGAUACAAGUUUCUACAGCACUCCAUUGCAAGCAGCGUGUGAGCUAGGGUACUUCCAUAUUGUCAGACUUCUUGUGGAACACGGGGCCUACAUCGAGGCUGCUGAUAACCGCGCUGUCACCUGUCUGAUGCUUGCUUCCUUCGGCGGCCAUUUGGAAAUCGUGAAGUACCUUUUGGAAGUGGGCGCUGAUGUGAACAGCAAAAACAUAGAAGGCGAAAGUGCACUCCACGCAUGCGCAAAGGCAGGACAUCUGGAAGUAAUGAAACUGUUGCUGGAACACAACGCUUGGAUGGGUGCCGACUAUUCUGGUGAGUCUUGCUUGACAUUCCUGGAUGUUACGUAUUCUUAUCCAGAUCUUCACCGACCUGGAUUCCAGAGCUGGCAUAUUAACGCCUUUUGUUUGCUUGUGGCAAGCUCUCGUGGUCAUCGGGACAUGGUAGAAUAUCUGUUAAGUAGAAAUGACCUUGUAUCUGCAAAAGAGAAAGCUGAUGCAUUGGAGCUACUUGGAGCUUCCCUUUUCAACAGUACGGAAGAUAUAGUCGCUACAGUUAAUUACUGGAAAUCAGCAAUCAAUCAGAGGUACGUCAAUGGCACCCUCAUUUAUCCAAAAACCCAGGAUAAUUUGUCUUGUCCUUCAGAUGGGGAGUUCAGUGAAGUCAACACCUUGGAGGAAUUAGAAAGUAUAGAAUUAGAUCCUCAAGAAGUUCAAUUGCAGGCCCUUCUCGUGAUGGAAAGGAUUUUAGGCCCUGGUCACUUGCAAACAAUGAAGAAUAUUAAUAAAAUAGGGAUUGCUCAGUGUAAAAUAGCUUAUGCUCGAAAACAAUGCAAUGCAAAUUAUGGGCUCACGCCAUCGAUACGCAACGAAAUCAGUUGA